AUGGAGAUGUCCCAUCAAGGAGGCGCGGAGGCCGAGAGUCUCCUGCGCCCUGAUCAGAGGAGUGCAGUAGUCAUGUCGCAGGGAACGCGUUCUGGACGCUGGGAUGUGGGGGAUAACGAAAAGUUGCCAUUCCUCCGCAAUGAACCGGUGAAGUUGACGCCCGCUUGGGAGGGUUCCAACCUUCCGAAUGACACCCUCAACUUGAAAGGUAUUGCUAUGGACUUGGCGCCACCGAAAGACAAAUGGAACCUCAUCUUCCUGACUCUGAUACUCCAUGGCUUGGGUACCCUGACCGCGUGGAAUAUGUUUAUAACUGCAAAGGAUUACUUUGUUGUGUACAAAUUGGCCAACGCGCCUUUCUACGCCAAGGGUUUCUUGCCUUAUGUCGGUUGGGCGUGUCAGACACCCAACCUACUGUUUAGCUGGUUCAACGUCUUCGUCAAGAUCGGUGGCAACUUGACCACGCGUAUCGUAUGGUCGCUGAUAAUGGAGGUGUUGGUGUUCGUGGUGACUGUGAUUUUGGCGAUGGUCGACAGCAGCGAAUGGCCCGUAACAUUCUUUUGGAUCACGCUCGUCUCCGUUUUUAUACUAAACGCAUUCAAUGCAGUGUUCCAAAAUUCCGUGUACGGUGUUGCAGCACGUCUACCGCCGCAAUACACGGGCGCGGUGGUCCUAGGUUCGAAUAUUUGCGGCACACUAGUUGUACUUCUCAACUGGCUCUCCGAAACCUUCACGACCAGCUACCGCACGUCGGCUAUAUACUACUUUAUAGCCGGAAUGUUCGUGUUACUGAUCUGCUUUGACACCUACUUCGCAUUGCCUUUGAAUAGAUUCUACCGCUACCAUGAAACACUUCAAGAAAGAACGAUGCGUGUGAAUCCGGCUUUAGCGGCGACAGCGAAUCAAAACGCGAGUCCUGCAAAACAACGCACUCCCUAUGGUACCAUCUUCAAGCAGUCUUGGGUUCAACUUUAUAAUGUGUUCAUCAUCUUCUUCGUUACUCUCGCUGUUUUUCCAGAGGUUCAUUCUAAUAUUGAGCCUAUAACACCAAAUUUCCUUGGACAUAAUUUCACAAAACUUACCUGCUUCCUCACUUUUAACCUCACAGCGAUGAUUGGGAAUCUAACAGCCAGUUGCUGGCAGUUUCCAAGCCCACGAUGGCUGUCCAUCUUCACGACAAUAAGACUGGUGUUUAUUCCACUGUUCCUGGUGUGCAACUUUAUCCCGGCGGAGAGAACUCUGCCAGUAUUGGUUAGGAAUGACUGGUUGUACUGGUUUUUGGCUGUAAUACUCGGCUGGAGCUCGGGCCAUGGCAGCUCUCUAGGCAUGAUGUAUGUUAGUGGAACUGUAGCUCCUGAGCACGCAUCCACAGCUGGCAUGAUUGGUGGAGCGAUGCUUGUCACGGGCAUAGUAGCUGGGAUCACAUUCUCGAGCAUCUGCAGAACCCUUGUAUCUUUAGAUGUUUGGAGGUCUCUCUAG